AUGGAUUCAACCUUCCAGUCGACCACCUCUCCAACUGAUUCCUCUGUGGAUUCAACUACCUCACCUAGCUCCCAGCACCAGCUACUCCUCAUCCAGCUCCUCUUUGGAGCCCAUCAGUUUUCUACUAUCCAAGCUCCUCUAUUGAUUCAUCCAUGUCCUCCCUUCCAUUCGACCACUUCUCCAACUGAUUCCUCUGUGGAUUCAAGUACUCCAGCUAGCUCCAGCACCAACUCUCCAACUUACAACACCUCCUCUAUGGAAUCGACCACCUCUUCAAGUACGGACCAACCUCUUCAGGCUACUCUUCAUCCAGCUCAUCUUUGGACCCCACCAGUUCCUACCUUGCCAAGCUCCUCUAUGGAUUCAACCACGCCCUACGUCCCCACAACCAGUUCUCACACUGAUUCCUCUGUGGAUUUCAACCUACUCCAACUAGCUCCAGCACCAGUGAGGAAACAACCACCUCUUCUGUGGAUUCAACCACUUCACCUAGCUCACAGCACCAGUGGAGAUAACAACCACGUCUUCAAUCUACUCCAUUUCUUCCACAGACUCUCCCGCUUAUACCACCUCCUCUAUGGAAUCAAGUACCUCUUCAAGUAUGGACACAACCACUUCUUCAACUUUUUUCCACAUCAUCUUUGGAUUCCACCACUCCUCCAACUUACCUCACCUCAACUACCACCACUGAGGAAUCCAGCUCCUCUACUGACUCAAGUUCUUCCACAGGCUCAAAACCUCUUCAACAUACACUAA